UUUUUGCCCUAGUAGCUUUUUUUUUUGUUUUUUGCCCUAGUAGCCUAGCUUCCAAAUGAAACAUACAACGUGGAGUUGCUGUGAUUGACUAACUUCUUAGUCAGCAUUUUCUGGCGAGCCGGUGACCGUUCUGGUGAUUGGGCUAAAACUAUCACGUGAGCUAACAUUAGCUAGCGGGUGAUUUCCAAGGCGCAUCACAAAAUGGCGGAGGCGGUGGUCAACGUGGCCCGGAGGGUCAACGCAACCGUUGAGGAAGGACGAGAUCACCUGGACCUGUCCAACUGCAAGCUCAUCUCCUUCCCAGACGGCGUUUUCAAGGUUCUCAGCAGCGUGUCGGAGAACAUCCGGGUCAUUACCCUGGCGGACAAUGAGAUGAAGGCCAUUUCCAGCAAGUUCUUUUCGACCUUCACACAGCUGAGAGAGUUGGACCUGCACGGAAACGUUCUGACCAAACUGCCCGACUGUUUGGAGGAAAUGAAGCACUUGACCAGCAUCGACCUGGCCAAUAACAACUUCUCCGCGUUCCCCGAGAAGCUCACGCAAAUAGCCACACUGGAGCGCAUCAACCUGGAGGGCAACAACAUCACUGAAAUCCCGGUGGACAAGCUGUCCGCCAUGCCCGCGCUCAAGUGGCUCAACGUGAUGUCCAACCCUCUGGACGCAAACACCCAAUCUGCUCUGACUGGGCCGCACAACUUUGAGAUUUUGUCGCAAAGGGAGUCGUAGUCAUGUGAUGCGCUGCGUGCCGCGUGCCUUGAAAAACUCCCCUUGCUACUUUGGCCCGCUUGGAAACGAGGUCGUCCUUUGUAUAUGAAGAUGGCCGACCGCCGCCGCACGAAACGACGACGCCACAUGGCAUCCUCGACACCGGCGUGAAUCAACAAAAAAACAUCUCGGGUGGGAUAUUUCUCAUCGCUAAUUUAUUACUUUGGUUUUAUAAAGGUAUUUCUUCCUCCAAUUUACAAAGGUCAUGUUGUUAUUUGUCACUUUAUGAACUUUACGAGACGGGAACGUCGCGGUCUGUCGUGGAAAUGUUUACGGAACCUUAAUCAUAUCGUUUUAUAUCAUAUAUAAAAUCAUAUUUCACAUUUAAAAUCAAUGGCAUAACAAUUAAGGCCUUCCCUCAAUAAACAUGUUUUUAAUUUCAAACAUUGAUAUCAAUUGGUGGGAAAAAUCUUUUUUUAAAUAUAUAGAUGGAAAUGCAUUGUACAAAUAAUAGUAAACACCUAAUCUCUAAUAGAAAUUGUUUAAAUUUCAUUUUAUAUCUAAAAAUCAUAUGCUGUAUAAUCAUCUCCAUUUUAGAAUAAUUUAAAUGAGUUGAUUUAUAAAAAUAAAGACCUUCCCUCCAUAAUUGUUUGUUUUUAAUUUAAAGUAUCAAUACUAAUUGGUGGGGGUGGGAAUCUAUUAUGAAUAUGAAUAUUACUAGAAAUGCAUUAAACAAAUUAAUAAAUGCCUCAUCCCUAAUAUAAAUUGUUUAAUAUUAGUAACAUUUGUAGAAAUAUGUUAUAGAUGAAACUUUAAAGUAAAUUGUGUAAUUUGUUGAACAAAACGUUUCAAUAAGAAAGAAUAAGUAAAUGCCCAAUCCUUAGCUGAGAUUGUUUACAUUUAUUUGAAGAAAAUGUACUCCUAAACUUGUGGGUCUGUUAUUUAUUUGAAUAUUGUUAUUUAUUUUGAACAUUGCAUUUGUACAAACAAACAAAGGCUUUGUCCAUCCACUGCCUGCAAAUCUGCCCAC